CAUAUAUAUAGCUUUCGUCAACGGUCAGAUUGAGAUGUUUGGUUGUGUUUUCCAAAUGGAUUUGAAUUUUGAUUAGCUCUGCUCAAGUGGCUACAUUAGACAGAGAUCCCUACCUUUCUUUUUCAUGAUUUUAGAAAAGAUUUUUUGCUCUUAUUCUACUAAGAAAAGCAUUGCAAAGGUUUAAAAACAAAAGGGGGGUAUUGGGUUUUAGUCCAAUUCCUGUUUGACAUCAUUUCAAUGGCGGAGAUGGAAGUACCGCUGUUGGAGAAAGUGUACUAUGAGAAUUGCCCUGGUUGUAAGCAAGAUCAGAUCAAUGAAGAACGGCGAGGAAUCCCUUUUAAGGAAUUCUUGUAUAUUUGGAUCGUGAUACUUUGCACUGGUUUGCCAAUUGCAUCUCUAUUUCCAUUCCUAUAUUUCAUGAUAAGAGACUUUCAUAUUGCCAAAAGUGAACAAGAUAUCGGCUUUUAUGCAGGUUAUGUAGGAGCCGCUUUUAUGAUCGGGAGAGCUUUAACUUCUGUCUUUUGGGGAAUAAUGGCAGAUCGAUAUGGACGAAAACCUAUUAUAAUUAUUGGCACCGUUUCAGUGGUUGUGUUCAACACUCUCUUUGGCCUAAGUACAAGCUUUUGGAUGGCGAUUUCAAUGAGGUUUCUUCUUGGAUGUUUCAAUGGUCUACUUGGCCCGAUAAGGGCAUAUGCUUCGGAAGUUUGUCGAAAAGAAUAUCAAGCUUUGGCAUUAUCACUUGUUAGUACAGCAUGGGGCAUAGGAUUGAUUAUUGGUCCAGCUCUUGGAGGUUUCUUAGCACAGCCUGCAGAUAAAUAUCCAGGUAUAUUUUCCAAGAAGUCUCUAUUUGGGAGGUUCCCGUAUUUCUUACCCUGCUUUUGCAUAUCGCUUUUUGCAUUAGCCGUCUCCAUUGCUUGUUAUUGGAUUCCAGAAACAUUGCACAAACACCGUGACAAAAUCAAAGAAAGGAGCAACUCAUUUGAUGCUCUAGAAGCUUCCUUAAAUGGUUCUGAUUUGAAAGCAACCAUUGAAGAAACUAAAGGAAGAGAAUCAAUUUCAAAUGGAAGCCUUCUGAAGAAUUGGCCAUUAAUGUCAUCUAUCAUUGUAUUUUGUGUUUUCUCUCUUCAUGAUAUGGCUUACACAGAGAUAUUUUCACUAUGGGCAGUAAGUGAUAGAAAUUAUGGAGGUCUGAGCUUUUCAUCAGAGGAUGUUGGUGAAGUGCUUGCAAUAUCAGGCUUUUGUCUUUUGAUAUUUCAACUUUUUCUAUAUCCGCCCGUUGAGAAGAUUCUUGGACCUGUCAUGGUAUCCCGCAUUGCGGCGAUUUUGUCAAUACCAUUGCUAUCAAGCUACCCUUUCAUAGCUAUGCUAUCAGGGUUAAGCCUUACAUUGUUAAUUAAUUGUGCAUCUGUAUUGAAGAAUGUUCUCUCUGUGACCAUUAUGACUGGAUUGUUACUUUUGCAAAACAAUGCUGUGCCCCAACAACAAAGAGGAGCUGCAAAUGGCAUUUCUAUGACUGCAGUGUCCAUUUUCAAGGCAAUGGGUCCUGCAGGAGGAGGUGCCUUGUUUGCGUGGGCACAAAGGCGUCAAAAUGCCUCCUUCCUACCAGGUGAUCAGAUGGUCUUCUUUAUGUUAAACGUGGUCGAGUUCAUUGGAGUGAUCUUGACCUUCAAACCUUUUUUAACUACACCCAACGCUUAGUCUGCAGGACAAGAACAAAGUGAGAUUAAAGGACACGAUUUCUCGUGAUUCUAUAACUGGGGCCAUUUUUUCUCUUGCUCCUUUUAUUUGAUACUCUGGCAGAGUGUGAUUGAUGAUAUGCAGGCACCACUUCUUGGGCUGUACCUUAAUUUUUCCGUAGUGUUUAUUUACUAUCCAAUCUAUUGAUAAGGUCAAAUAAUCCUGGAUGAAGGGAAAAAAUAAAUAUCAGCUUGAUCCAAAACUUUCGUGGCCCAUUAAUAGUCAAUCACCACUG